AUGAGAAUCGUGUUGUUGUUAGUUUAAGAAAAAAGAAGAUGAGGAAGUAUUACAGCCCGCAAAACUGUCUGCAGCUAGAGAUGCUAAAUCCUGCCUUACUGCGAAGCACACGCGAGGCAGCUACACUGUAGUAAUAUUUUAAAAUGCCAUGGGUAACUGCUGGGCCUUUUGUGUACGACUUUUCAGAAGGGAGGCGAACAGGAUUCAAAGAGGAGGCGGGUCCAAAUACUUUCGCAGCAGCACCACUGGAGAACAUUAUACAAUAGAGUUUGAAAAUCUUGUAGAAAGUGAUGAGGAACAAAGUCCUCAACCUUGCCCAAGGCCCAUCAGUGAGGAUGAACUGAAGAACCUUCGGGAGCAUCGAUAUGCUGACAUCUCCAACAAGCAGGUUCUAAUCGACCAAAAGCUCCAAGCGGAGUUAGAGGCACAAGAGGAGAGGUUGAGGCUAGAAGAGGAGGCUAGAAAUGCUGCCCAGCGGGAGGCCGCCAGGUUGGCACGUGAACGAAAAGUCAAGGAGCACUUGGCCCAGAGAACGAGAGGGAAAGCAGAUGGGUGCGGCAGUGAACCUCAACUGAGAAAGCAACCCGGGGAUGGUUUCGACCCCUCCCUCCAGAAUGUCAAAGCCCAGUCGGAGGCUUUCAGAAGCAAUAGACUUCCCUCAGACACAAAUGCGGUGACGCCUAACACCGAAUGCAGCUGGGACUUCACCACCAAGACGCGCUCCACCAAUGAUGACGCCACUUCACUGGAUCUUGAGUGGGAGGAUGAGGAGGGAAUUAACCGAGCACUUCCAGCCUGGGAGAGGUCUCGGACAGAAGAGGACAUCCUGCGUGCCGCCUUGAGGCCUGGCGGGAAGCAAGCACACAGCGGCCCCACCUCGACCUCAGAGGACUCAAACGCGCUAGAGUGGGAGAAUGAUUUUGUGAGUACCCACCCUGAGGACGGUGCAGACCCGGAAUUUGAGGGUUUUGUAAAUCCAGUGCUUGACACACCCUCAGAAGACGCAUCGGACCAUGGCCAGGACAGAUAGUCUCCUGCACAAAAUGGGACUUGAGCAAACUCCUUGCUAUGACACAAGUUCACCAGCUUUCUUCCCUUCGCAUCAAAUAAUUGUACAUCCUUACUUUUCAUAUUGCAGAGUAUGAUAAAAGUGAUGCUGCAGUUGUUUUCAAACAGACAUACCUUUUUCAGUGCCUUCAUUGCUAAUCAUCUUGUAGCUGAAUAAUUGCAAUUCUUUUACCAUCUUUCAGUUCACACUGUCCUCAUUUAGGCCUGGCCGAUAAAUUCAUUUAAUGAAUUUGUUUUUGUGGCGAUUGAUUCAUAGAAUAAUUAGUUGUUGUUGUUUUUUUGUUUGUUUGUUUUAUGUGCCCAAAUAGGAAAUCGAACUAUACUGUAUAUUAUUAUUCAAUAGAUUGUUUGAUGAGAAGGUUUGAGAAAGUUUAGUUAUUCCUUUGUACAUGGUGGCUGACAGCACAAAUGGAGAGAAAAUAUAUUCAAGAUAGAUGUUUUGCACUUUAUUUGCGUUUUCGUUAACAUUUAGUUAGGGUUUUACAUUUGUUUUAAGCAUUUGCUGUCUUUUGUUCUUAUUGUCUUCUUAAAUUAAGAGGGAUGGGGGAAAAUUAAUCCAUUUUGGGUGAGAAAAUUGUAGAUUUAAUUUUUAGGCUAUAUCGCCCAGCCCUACUAUUGCCAGACUUGCCAAACCAUUCCAAGGAUAACAAAUGAGCAGCAAAUAUUUUCUUUGAUUAUGACCAAAUCCAAAUUUCAACAAUAUAAAUGUAUGAAUAAAUAUUUUGCCCAUUCUACUGAAAUGAUUCUACUCAGCAGAUCAUUGAAAAAAAUUUAAGCAAUCCAAAGAACUAGUUAUUUUCAAAUGGUCUAGAACCUACGAUUAAAAAGUACUGUAUAUUUACAUACAAAUAUGGUGUAUACACCAUACAGAACAAUAAAUGGGGGAAAUGACAUUUUGAAAAUCGUUGCAAUGCAGAAAAUGUGAUACAUCUCAUUUGAAGUCAUGAAAUGCCACUUUUUGGUAUUACCGUUUAAAAAAAAAAAAACAUUCCAUGAUAGGAAUGGGAAUCUGAUUAAAAUAAUAACUAUCAAUUGCAAUAUAUGACUUUUUCUGGCAAUCUGCACUCGUUCAACCUUUGAUUAAAUAGCAUUAAAUUAUAUUUAUUUGUGGAAAGGUGUUAGGUGGGAAUUAAAAUUAUAAGAGAACGCAAACACGAAUGGCCUCAUGUUGCCGACAGUUAACAGCCCAAUUACUGGAAAAAUAAAUGCUUAUUUUCAUUUUGUUGGCAUGAUUGUGCUUAAUGUAAUGCUGCUCACUUCUCAGCCACUGAAGCAAUAUCUCAGCCUUCAUGAACAGGACCAAAGACUGCUCCUCUCCAAAUUGUUCAUCCAUCAGUUUUGCAAGACUUCUCCAAAUUUUACACUCAAGUUGUCUGACUGCUGAAAGUCAUAGUUGUUAUGCUAUCAUCACAAUUCAGACUCAUGUUUUAUACAUGUGUGUGCUCAUUUUUCUGGAAACAUGUUUUGAAAUGGUUUUGAAGUCACAAUCACUGUAACUUAAUUACACACUGGGACUAAGAGGAGGAACACCAAGGAAUGUUGUGUAUUCACUGGAAGUGUCUCAGAAUGCAUGGACUCACUCAAUUAAAGU